AACAGAGCUUACUAAUAAUUAGAACUUACUAAUAAUUAGAACAAAAUGCAUCAAGCUUGUCUCUGUGCUGUCCCAAAUCCAACAGCAGUUACUCUCCCACUCUAUUCAAACGCCAAUGGUUCCACUUCCAGUUCUCCAACAACCACCUCUUUCAACCAUCAAAAACCACUCGCACCACACACACGGAUUCCAAACCAAACCAUGUCGCAUUCCAACACCCAAACACACCAUAAAUGGUCUCUUACCGGUAUGACAGCUCUUGCUUUCUUCUAUCUUUGACCCUUUUUGUAUUAACUUGUAAUCUUGUAUUUGUAAUGUAUGAAAGGCAUGCCAUUGUUGAGGAAUUGAUAGGGUUUGGUGCCAAAGUUCAUACUUGUGCCAGAAAUGAAGAUGAUCUUAGUAAGUGUCUGAAGGAAUGGAUCAAUUUGUGAUGUGUCAGUUCCACAUCAGAGGGAGGUGCUUAUGGAAGAUGUUUCUCUGUCUUCAAUGGGAAACUCAACAUCCUUGUAAUCCGAAAAAGGUUGACCAUUUGCUCAACCUUGAUGGUGCAAAGGAGAGGUUGCAGCUCUUUAAGGAAGAUCUUUUCGAAGAAGGUUCCUUUGACUCUGUUGUUGAGGGUUGUGAUGGUGUCUUUCAUACUGCUUCACCUGUUCGUUUUGUCGUAAAUGAUCCACAGGUUGAGUUGAUUGAUCCAGCGCUGAAGGGAACUCUUAAUGUUCUUAAAUCAUGUGCGAAAUCACCAUCUGUGAAACGAGUUAUCUCGACUUCUUCUGUUUCUGCCAUUGCAUUUAAUACAAGGCCGAAAAAUCCCGAGGUUGUCGUUGACGAGACAUGGUUUUCAGAUCCAGAUUUCUGUAGGGAAUCAAAGUUAUGGUGCACACUUUCAAAGACUUUGGCCGAGGCUGCUGCCUGGAAAUUUGCAAAUGAAAACCGCAUUGACAUGGUUGUUAUUAACCCAACAAUGGUGGUAGGAUCUCUUUUGCAACCGGAGGUUAAUGAUGAAAGUGUUGAAACAAUUUUAAAACUAAUAAACGGAUAAAGACAAGGGAACAUGAAGAAAUGGUGAUAAAAAAUGCAAUUGAUGAGGUUUCUAAGUCAAGGAAUCAAUUUAUGACAAUGAAAGUGAAAGAUCUCUGAAAAACAGUUUUUUGGGCAUAACUAAACGUUUCUGAAACCAUAGCCAAAAGUUAAGAGAAGAUGAAAAAUCACAAAUACACACGACCAUCACACAUACAUCAUGCUGCUGAGUAAUCAAUUUUCAUCCAAACAACAAUUUAUUCACUUACAUUCAAUAAAAAUACAAGAUAUAUAUAUAUAUGAUUACAAUAUUUUAAUACAAUGACUUACAAUUUGCUAAGACAGAAGAACAAAAACAAUGACAAAGGAAAAUUGCAAAUCCACGAUGAGAUAUUGUUGUUCGGCAGUGGUUUGAGUUGCAGAUCUCGCUAGCGACUGUACCGCCAUUUAUCAUUUUUGUUUCUUUAACUAUGGCCUAUUCAGUUUCAUAGCCUUGUGCAACUUAAAUCUUGUUGAGUACAACGGAAUAAUAACGUAGGAAAUCAUCCAUACAGACCCAAUUGAGAAAUAGAAGAUCAUAACAACUUUGGAAUUGAAAGCUGUAGGGGAUAUAUAUGCCAUAGAAUAUAGAUAACUAAGGGCAAAACAAAACAUUGGAAAGAAAAUAUGAAACCCCCUUCUUUGGGUCAGGAUAAGUAUUGAUAUCAUUGAUGUCAAAAAGGAAAGAAUAUUCAAACAUGUAUACCCAGAGAAUAUACUUUUUGGCAUGACCGAUUUACCUGCAGUAUCAUCGUCACUAGCAUUAGCUUGAUAAACUCCACCAGCGGGGCUUAUUGCUGCUUGAUAAGUAGCAGUUACAACAAGAGUGAAAAUUAUCAACAAAGUGUUACGUUUCUCAUCUGAUAUAUCACUUCUAAUGCGAGAUAUAUAAAUUAAAAGUUCAUCUAUUAUUGGUGUAUAUGAUAUAUAGUAAUAUGCAAGUAUUUGAUAAUCGGGGAAUAUGGUGACUUCUGAGCCAGGUUUUGCUCCUGCGCUUAUCAAUAUAUUCUUAAUCUCUUCCCUCACUGCCAUGUCUAAUGCUGUUUUGUUCUCGAGGUUCUUCGUGUUCAAGUUAAUAUUAGUCUUUACCAACAACUGAAGUUCCUGUGCUCCCAAGUAAUUAAAAAAAAAACAUUUUUGUUAGAGAACAUUUAUAAUAUUAGCAACUAAAAUCUUCGAUAAAGUGUGCUAACCACCUAUCAACUAUAUAAGUUUUCAUCCGCGUUCGUCAAAUAAAAUAUAAUUAUUAAUUACCCGGAGCUCAGUACUUAGCGCUGAAAUGUGCAAAAUAGUGUUGCCGGCCUCAUCUUCCUGAUUUAGUAUUUUAUUUUGCAACUCUUUAGCACCUCUCUGUUCAUUUGUUUUGAGCAAGCCAACAAGUAAUUGAAGGACCUCAUACCGUUGAUUCUUAACAGCAAUAUGCAGAGCAGUUUCGCACCUCACAGUCAAGCAUUCAAUGGACUCCGGACACAGAAAGAGAAAGUUAGCUAAAAGGUCAGCCUCACCAAUUUGACUUGCAAAAUGAAGAGGAGUCACGCCUUCCCUCCCUUGGACUCUAACAAGUUGUUUAUUGAUGUUCACAAAGCGAGACACCAUCGUCUUGUGGCUGUUUUGCAUAGCAAGAUGGAUGGGGCUGAAUCCUUGCUCAUUUAGCUUCAAAGCAAAUGAAGGUUUCAACCUCAUAAUUUCAGUGGCAAACCGAAGAUGACCCAUAGAUGAAGCAAUAUGCAAAGGAGUGUCAACAAAUGGUAUCAAAUCAAUACGCUCCAAAAUGUAUGGAUCAUCCUUAAUUACUUCAUAGAGCAGAUCUAUAUUGCCUGCUUCAGCUGCGGCUUUUAGCUGCUCACUAUUAUUUGUGUUCAUUUUUUAAGGAUUUAAGAUAGGUUCUCUGCAACUGAUGCUAAUAUAUAGAUAUCUACCCUCUUAUAUUAUAUUCAUUCAACCAAACAUUUACUAUCUCCAGCCAAAGAAAGGAGACUAUUGACUACUACAUGCCAAUGUUUAUUCCUUAUUUUUAUUGACAAAUUAUUGUACUAUGUCUUUUUAUUAUUAUCAUUAUUUUAUUAUUAACUUUUUUAUUUA